AAGCGGGCGCCCGCGUUGAAUUUAAACACAGAUACUAUGCCCGUCGCUGAACAGACUCUUUAUGGUAUCCCACUCAAAUAUCUCAGUUUGAUCACAUUGGCAUUGCAGAACGCUACGCUAUCAAUUCUAAUGCGUUAUUCACGCGUAUCAAACCCGGAUCACGCUUACAAUCCAGCCUCUGCCGUACUUUUGACUGAAAUACUCAAGGCCACGAUAUCGCUCUACACAGCUUACAAACGUACAGACGAUCAUACAUUAAAUGUUAAUAGAGAAGAUCACCUCAGCCCUCUCUUCCCUAAGAAGAGAAAAAGCUUCCUCGGCAAUCUGCCUGUCAAAACGCCGAACAGUUACAAGAGACGCAUUUCACUCAGUCUGAAGGAUGAUACACGCCCUUCAGAGAGCAAACUAAAGGCUAAGAUUCUUGCUGGUCAAAUAUUUAGCGCUGAUAGCUGGAAGUUGAGUAUACCUGCGAUACUUUAUGUCAUACAGAACAAUCUGGCCUUUGUCGCAGCUAGUAACUUGGAAGUAGCAACUUUCCAGGUAGCUUAUCAGAUGAAGAUCCUUACGACUGCUCUCUUUUCCGUUCUCUUAUUAGGAAGAAAACUUAGCAAGUCAAAAUGGCUCUCACUCGUUUUUCUCGCAAUUGGAGUUGGAAUCGUACAAGUUCAGUCUACCACUACUUCAUCAUCUCAAGGCGGUGUACACGCAGGCAACCCCUUAACAGGAUUUUUGGCCGUAGCCAUGGCCUGUUUAACAUCAGGAUUGGCCGGCGUAUACUUCGAACUGGUUUUGAAAGGAUCAAACGUCGACCUGUGGGUCAGAAACGUCCAAUUAUCUUUAUUCAGUUUCCCACCGGCACUCCUACCAGUCAUGUUCGGAAAAGCCGCUGAGGGUUUAAGUAUCUUUGAGCGCUUAAAUCUCGUACGCAACUUUAGUGGAUGGGCAUAUGCCACUGUCCUUACUCAGGUUCUCGGUGGUUUGGUUACCGCACUUGUAAUCAAGUAUUCUGAUAACAUUUUAAAAGGAUUCGCUACUUCGAUCUCUAUUGUCAUCUCUUCGGUUGCCUCAGUUGUUCUCUUUGAUUUCCCAAUAACACCCGGAUUUGUUAUGGGUGCCAGCACCGUUUUGGGAAGCACGAUGAUGUAUAACAAGCCAACUGCAGCAGCAGCAGCAUCGAGCAACAAUAUGCCGGCAUCCACAACCAGCCAAAGCUCUCACCUUAGCACGCCAUACAAGUUCGAUAAUGAGAAAGACUCAAACGUAGAUCUCAGGUUAUCAUCGUCACCGAAGGAUACCAGGUCUACGCUAGAAAAGCAAGCAUCGACAUUUGUACCAGCUCAUACUAUGUCUGAGUCCUCGUACAAUGUUUACACGAACAACGACAGUUCGUAUAUUAAUAGUUAUGGAGGACAUCAUGCACCUUCAGACUCAUCAAGUUCGGAUCCCUUAGGAGAAUCUUCAAAUAGCUCGCUCGGUGGGAGCCCUGAACAGUACAUCUAUGCGCGGCCAUAUGAUAAGAAGUUAGUAGUGGAGCAUCAACUGAACGCGAGCGAGAGAUCACAUUCGGAUUCGCCAUUACCAACACCAAGCUAUUCAGGAGAUAGUAAUCCAGUUGAUAUGGCUUUUACAUCAUCGUACAAACAAAGCUAGUUCCAAUUCUCUUCGUUUCAACUUUAUUUCGGGACAAUUUAUCAGCAAUAAUGAAGAGAACAACAUAAUAUCUUGCAUCCAAUAUUCCUAUACAGACUGAACAAUCAACCUAAUUAAU